AUGGCUGGUAAAGAUAGGUAUUCUAAGAAAAUGGUGCCAAGUGCUGCAAAAGACGUGGUUAUGCAAGAUGAGAGCAAUUUCUUGCGGCCGAGCGAAAAACACAAUGCAUUGUGGACUGUGGCCCUUCCAAGGGCUCUAAUCCGCUCCCAAGGCCCCUCAAGAAGCGCUGCCUCCUUGACCCCACUCACUAAAGACCAAUCUAGGAGGAUGGCAGAAUACACUAAUUGA